AUGUCAAAUAUGAUUCCUGAGAUAGAGAAAAAGGCAGACCUAGACAAAAUUAUCAUCCAGUUUAACCGGCUGGCAGUGGGGAAGUUGAUUGGGGAAGGUACUAAAUCUGACUGCGAAAACCAGGAACUCUUUGUUCAAGAAGCUUUAAAUACUUUAAUGAUGAAAGAUUUUCAGCACCCACGAGUUCUCGGCCUUGUAGGGCUGGCACAAAAUGGACCAGACAAUCUUUACGUGGUUCUGCCGUAUAUGUCAAACGGGGCGCUCCUUACAUUUAUACGCGACCAGUCUGUUACUCUGAAGUUCUCUGAUGCCCUGAAGUACGGGGCAGAUAUCGCUAGCGGCAUGGCGUACCUCAGUGUCAGGGACUUUGUUCAUAGAGAUCUGGCUGCCAGAAACUAUGACCGGCUACGUGUAAAGAUUGGAGACUUUGGCCUGUGCCGAUCAGUGUACGGCUCUAGCUACUACACCAGCACCAACAGAACAAUGUUACCCAUACGUUGGAUGGCUCCAGAAAGUAUUGAGGUUGGCUGCUACUCUACCAAGUCGGACGUUUGGUCAUUUGGUGUCGUGCUGUGGGAGUUGUUGACCCGUGGUCUGAUUCCCUACCCUGGUCUACAGAACUCUGAAGUCCACGGCUAUCUGCAGCAGAGUCGUCUGGCUAGGCCGUACUUCUGCCCAGUCAGGAUAUACGGGGUCAUGACGUCCUGCUGGCAAGUUGAUACAGGUCUCAGGCCAAAUUUUCAAUCUCUCGAGGAGUUCUACGUUAAGAAACGUCUCGACGUGGUGAUGACCAUCCCCGAUUGCAGAUUUCUCUGUGGAUCUGCUGAUGAAGGCACAAACUCUCAAGCUUCGCCUUCAGCUUUAGACAUGGAUUACAUACAAGCCAUAGAUGGUUACAAUUAUAAUUCUAAUGUACCUAAUCAAGAUGUGUCCACUACAGAUACACCAGACAGGGUCUAUUCAAAUGUAAUUGAUAACUAUGAAGAAAUCUCCGUAUUGUAG